UUGCGAGGCUCAGCGAGCAGCGGUCGUAGUAGUUUGAUAGAAGACGCGCAACGCGGUUGUCCUACACAGCAUUUAUAACAAAGAAUAGUGUGAAAAUAAGCUUAUAAUCAACGAGAUGUGGCAGCUGCGUUUCAUUGUUGUCAUGGGCUAUAUUAUAGCCAUGGCGCUAGGUAUACCGCAUUAUGAGGUGCCGAAAGCAAAAAUUGUUGUUUACUAUCCAAAAGGAUUUGAAGUAUCCAUACCGCACGAGGAGGGCAUCACGUUGUUCGCCUUCCACGGCAAACUCAAUGAAGAAAUGGAGGGUUUGGAAGCGGGCACCUGGUCCAGAGAUAUUGUUAAAACAAGGAAUGGACGUUGGAGUUACCACGAACGCAACGCAAAGUUGAGAAUUGGUGAUACGCUCUACUAUUGGACUUAUGUGAUCUACAAUGGUUUGGGUUAUCGUGAAGACAAUGGCGUGUUUACGGUGCGCGAGUAUGCGAAUUACACUACGGACGCAGUCGAGGAACGAAAACAUGCGGAGAAUGGAAAAGGUGGAAGCAGCAGCAGCUGCGGCAGCGCCGGCGGUAGCACGACGGGCACGAGCAGUGGUAGCGGCAACAGCGACACCCAAGGCGGCGCUGGUAUCAUUGAUGUGCGCACAGAUGAAUGCAAACCUUCGCAAUCUUAUAAAAAUGGUCGUCAGCAGCAAUGUACGAAUCAAUUGCUAUUUGAAGAUAAUUUCUCUGGCACGCAGUUGAGCAAAGACCGUUGGACCGUGGAAGAGCGCUUCGCCACAAAGCCAGAUCAGGAAUUCGCUCUGUACUUAAACGUGCCGGAGGUCUUGCAAGUGAAGAAUGGCAUGGUUAGAAUAUACCCACAACUCACCAGCAGUCACUUUCAACAGCACAAUCAUCCGUUGAAUAUUAAACAUGAUAUCGGACCGCGUUGCACCGGCCGUGCGAACAGUGAAGAAUGUGUGCGCGAUGGCAGCGCGACAACUUACUUAUCUAUACCGCCGUUCAUAGCCGCACAGUUCUCCACAAAGGAACACUUCACCUUCCAAUAUGGACGCGUUGAGAUACGCGCGAAAUUGCCACGCGCCAACUGGGUCUUUCCCCAAUUGUGGCUGCAGCCAGUGAAUGAAAAAUAUGGUGUUGACGACUAUCAGUCGGGUCAAAUGCGCAUCGCCUUCAGCUAUGUAAAUGGUACAAAAAUGCAUCUCUUCGGUGGUUUGAUUGUGAACGCGAAUAGCAGUUGGCGUUGGGAAAAAUUGUGCGAAUUCCCGAAUGCGCAGCAGCUCGACUUGGGCAACGACUUCCAUGUUUACACGCUGAUUUGGACGGAAGAGCAUAUCUCGGUAGCCGUAGACAAUGAGGUGUAUUGUAAUUUCAACCCCAACAGCCACGGUAGGCUGGCUAAUUUAAACAAAGAUGAGCUAGAGUUGCCGAACAGAGAUUUACUUAAGAAGGGUAGUAAAGUGGCGCCCUUCGAUCAAGAAUUCUACAUCACUCUGGGUUACGGUAUCGGCGGUGUGAAUGAUUUCAACGAAGGCUUAUACGACUGGCAACCGCAGAAACCAUGGGAGAAUACGAAUGAACGAGCCAUGAGCACGCUGCUGAAAGCGGUGGAAAAAAAUUUUGAUGAUUGGCUGGAGUUUGGCGAAUUGCUUAUUGAUUACGUUAGGGUCUAUGCAAUUUAGAUUUUUAAUAGCACAAAGUGUAUUCCAUUUUAUAAAAAUUUUUUCAAAUUUGAAAUAAAUUGUUCAAGCAAAAA